GAUUUCGACCCUUCGAAGUUGCCCAGGCUUCGAAAGUCCAAGAAUUGGCAGAUUAAGGUUCGCAUGAUGCUUCCGAUGAGCAUCCGAUGCAACACCUGCGGGAAUUACAUUAACAAGGGCACCAAGUUCAAUUCCAGGAAGGAGGACGUCGUCGGCGAGAUGGAUCUGGGUAUCCGGAUAUUGAGGUUUUACUUUAAAUGUACCCUUUGCUCUGCUAAGCUCACCAUCAAAACUGAUCCACGCAAUUCUGAUUACCUCAUGGAGUCAGGGGCCACGAGAACUUUUAAGCCCUGGCGUCUGCAGGAUCACCAUCAAAAUUGAUCCACGCAAUUCUGAUUACCUCAUGGAGUCAGGGGCCACGAGAACUUUUAAGCCCUGGCGUCUGCAGGAUGAGGCGGUGGAGGGUGAGAAAAGAAAAAGGGAGACUGAAGAGAUGCAUUAUCGCAUCAAGUACUUGGAAAAUGAAACUUUAGAUUCCAAGAGGGAGAUGGACACUCUGGCGGCGCUUCAUGAAAUGCAAUCUGUGAAUUCUGGGCGUGCAACCGUGAGCACAGAUGCAAUGUUGCAGGGCUUACAACGUACGUCUGCUGCAAAGGUAUGAGUUGUUUCCCAUCUGCUU